AUGACUGCUCACUCAGAAGCUUACGAAUACCCACCAAUCCCUUCACAACAAGAAUUAGACACCCAUGAUGUCCCAUUCUUCCACAGAGACAAAUGUGCCGCUCAUUUGAUCAACUACUACAAGUGUCUUGACAAGGGUACCUCGUUCUGCAGCGCCACCAAGGAUGAAUUCUACAAGUGUCAAUACAUUGCAUUGAAAGAGAGACUUGAGAGUCACAAGAAGGCGACCCAAUAA